UGAUGUUUCAUGGCCCGCCCCCGACAAAGAUCAAAAGAGAGUCGCCCCGCUCGAGGUCGUCCUGCGGCCUGGACGGGAGUCUUUACGGAGAGAAGUGCCUCUACAGCUACAGUGCCCCCGACAGCACGUCCACGCCCCCCUCCACGCCUGUCUCCCCCACCCAGAGCCCCCCUCCACGCCACCACAGAGCCAGUCAGAGCUCGCAGCUGGACUCGCAGCAGCAGGCGCCCCCCUUCACCGUGCCCUGCGCCCCCGCCUGUCAGGAUGCCAGCAGCUUCACACCUGAGCACAGGUUCCAGAGGCAGAUGUCGGAACCGUGUCUACCUCUGCCCCCCACCGAGAAUCAGAUCCGACCCCAUUUCUUGGCCCCCAGCAGCAGCCGACCCCUGUACCAGCGUCAGAUGUCAGAGCCACUGGGGGCCAGCCCUCCUCAGGGUUUCAAGCAGGAACUCAUGGACCCACGAUACAGCGAGCAGGGGGUCCCCGCCAUGGGCCCCCCCGCAGGUCCUCCACGUCGCGCUGCUUUCCAAGCCAUGGCCGUCAAACAAGAACCCCCCGACUUCUGCUUUGACUCCGACGUGUCGAGCAGCCAGCCGUCGUUCGGCGGAGUGGGGAGCUUCUACCAGAACAACCAGGAAGGUUACUCCUUCGACAAAGACCCUCAGGUGUACUUCGAUGAUACGUGUGUGGUCCCUGAGCGACUCGAAGGUAAAAUCAAGCAGGAACCUGUGGGUUAUCGAGACGGGCCUCCCUACCAGCGCCGGGGCUCCCUUCAGCUCUGGCAGUUCUUGGUCACGCUGCUGGACGACCCGGCCAACGGACACUUCAUUGCCUGGACCGGGCGCGGCAUGGAGUUCAAACUGAUCGAACCUGAGGAGGUGGCUCGUCGCUGGGGCGUUCAGAAGAACCGACCGGCCAUGAACUACGACAAGCUGAGCCGCUCCCUGCGCUACUACUACGAGAAGGGCAUCAUGCAGAAGGUGGCAGGUGAGCGGUACGUCUACAAGUUUGUGUGCGAUCCCGAGGCUUUGUUCUCCAUGGCCUUCCCCGACAGUCUGAGGCCCAGUCUGAAGGCCGACCCGGACCUGUCGGGCCUGGACGACGACACGGUGCCCCUCACGCACUACGACCUGCUGGAGGCCGGGGAGCCGUGCACGGCAGCUCUGCCCUUCCACAACAGCUUCUGCUACUAGGCAGGCAGCAGGGGAGGCGUCUGCUCCUUCUUGGUUCCCCCAUCCUGGUCCUGGAGAACCCUCUGAAAACCCGAUCCUCUCGUGGAUCAGAGACGAACCUGCACCCCCCACCCCCACCCCCCCGCUGCGUGGAGGGGCUCCGUAACUGGACUCUGCUGGUCCAAAGCGAGGGCUGUUGCCACGGAGACCAAACAAACGAGGUCACAGGUGGACUGAGAGGACCCCGUUUGGACGAGCAUCAUUAGACCUGGUCUUUCUGGGGUUUUGGACGACCCUGUUUUCACCGUGAAACAAAAAAGGGCUUUAAUUUCCACAAAGACGGACCAAGGACUGUCGGAACCGCCGAUCCGACGUUUUCUGUACAUAAGCUGUUUGUCGACACUUCCUGCUUCGGCUGCUGUCGUGUAAAUGUUCUGUGAUCCGGUCCUCUGAGACCCUGUGAGACCCCCCACCAGGAUUCUGUUCUGAACGUUGGUCCAGUCCAGCGCAGCUCCACGGUCCAGUCCCACGACGCUUCGCUGGCUUUUCUAA